AUGAUUCAGUGCGCCAACUGCGAAAAACCAAUUGUAGAUCGGUUCUUGCUGAAAGUUCUGGACCGACCGUGGCACGUUCAGUGUGUGCAGUGCUGCGAAUGCAAGUGCACUUUAACAGAAAAGUGCUUCUCGCGAGAAGGAAGACUCUACUGCAAGAAUGACUUCUUUAGGAGAUUCGGGACCAAGUGCGGAGGUUGCUCCCAGGGGAUUCUGCCCAGCGAUCUGGUCCGCAGGGCCAAGAGCAAAGUCUUCCACCUCAACUGCUUCACUUGCGUGAUGUGCAACAAGCAGCUGUCCACCGGCGAGGAGCUUUACAUCCUGGACGAGUUCAAGUUCGUUUGUAAGGACGACUACCACAACAGCAACAACAAUGGCAAAGACACCCUUCACCUCUCAGUGACGACGUGCAGCGAGCCCAGUUUGUCUCCGGACUCGCAGGACCUGCAGCAGGACGACAGCAAGGACUCGGAAGCGGGCCACCUGUCGGACAAAGACGCGUGCCCCAACGAGGGCGACGAGCAGGGCGCGGUGGGCAAGAGACGCGGGCCUCGGACCACCAUCAAGGCCAAGCAGCUGGAGACGCUGAAAGCGGCUUUCGCGGCCACGCCGAAGCCCACCAGACACAUCCGGGAGCAGCUGUCGCGGGAGACCGGCCUCAACAUGAGAGUCAUCCAGGUGUGGUUCCAAAACCGGCGGUCCAAAGAGAGGCGCAUGAAGCAACUGAGCGCGCUGAGUGCCAGGCGACACAUGUUCUUCCGCAGCCCGAGAAGGAUGCGAGGUCUCGGGGAGAGGAUGGACACCGCGGAGCUGGGCCACUUCUCCUACUAUGGCGAUUAUCCCGGUGAAUACUACGGCCCAGGCGGGAAUUACGAGUACUACCAAGGCCCGCCGUCGUCCCAGGCGCAGACGCCAGCAGACUUAGGCUUCGUGCCCUCCGCAAUCCCGGCCGGCACGCCCUUAGGUGCCAUGGAGCACCGCCACCCCGGGCACCACUGCCCCGGCGGAGAGGUGCAGUGUUACCCUGAGGUGCCGUCGCACCACCCGGUGAACUCCCCCAGCCCGGAGCCCAACGGACCGAGCUCCAUGCACAGCAUCUCCAGCGAGAUGUGCGGGCCCAGCACGCCUUUCGCCACCGUCGCCCUCGGCGACAGCGGCUACACCAACCAACUGUCGCAGCCCUCGUCCGAGGUGAGCGAAGGAACUGUCUGGUAA